AUUCCCAUAUCCAAGUAAUCUCUCUCUUCUUUCAUCAAUACAGAAGAAAAGCAUUAAUAUUGAUCUCCUUCAUUGAUUCGUAACGGUUCAUACCCAUCUCUUCUUCUUCCUUCCCCCCACACGCUUUGCCUUUUUCCCUUUCUCUGAUGGCGGAGGAUUUCGCUGCGGCAGUUGAAGAUGGUCUCAAGCUCGCCAGGCGCAUAUAUUUCGGAAAGGACAGGGCGGUGGCGCCGCCCAAGCCCCCUACCUCCAUGGACAAGUCAUUUCAAGCUCUUCUUCCCUCCGCGCCGAUGGUUUAUGCUGUCAUCUAUGACCCGGGAAUCGUGGAUAACCCUGAUAUGCCGAGCUACCAGCCACACGUGCACGGCAGGUGCGACCCGCCGGCGCUGAUUCCGCUUCAGAUGAAUGAGAUUGAGCUCCAGGCGGAUUGUUAUUUGGAUACGGCGUUUGUCACGAUUAAUGGUGUUUGGAGGGUGCACUGUGUUAAGGGUAGCCGGAGCUGUGAUUGUCGUGUCGCAAUUCCUAUGGGCGAACAGGGUUCAAUUCUAGGUGUCGAGGUCAGUGUUCCUAGGAAAUCAUAUUGUACUCAACUGCUUAUGUCAGAGAACAACGAAAAGGAAAAUGCCAUUGGAGCUAAACAAGCGGGCUUCAUCAAACCCAAUAUAUUUACCUUAAAUAUACCGGAGAUUGACGGAGGUUCCAAUUUAUCAAUUAAAAUUAGUUGGUCCCAGAAACUUUUAUACGGCAAUGAUCAGUUCUCCUUGAUUGUGCCAUUUGCCUUUCCUGCUUUUGUGAAACCUGCUGGGAAGAGAAUUCCUAAAAGAGAAAAGAUACAAAUAAACGUGAAUGCUGGUGUUGGAAGUGAGCUGUUAUGCCAGACAAUAAGUCAUCCCUUGAAGGAAGUAAGGCGCUAUGCUGGGAGUAUCAGUUUCUUGUAUGAUUCUCAAGUUCUUGAAUGGUCAAACAUUGAUUUUCAUUUUUCUUACUCUGUUUCUUCAAGUCAUAUAAAUGGUGGUAUUCUUUUGGAAUCUGCACCUCUGCAUGAUUUUAAUGAAAGGGACAUGUUCUACAUGUACCUUUAUCCUGGAAAUCUUCAGAGCAGCAAGGUUUUCAAAAAAGACAUAGUAUUUGUUGUUGAUAUUAGUGGAAGUAUGCAAGGAAAGCUAAUCGAUGACAUAAAGACUGCAUUAUCUGCUGCUCUGUCUAAGCUUGACCCUGAUGAUUCAUUUAGCAUUAUAGCUUUUAAUGGAGAGAGUUAUCUAUUUUCAACAUCAGUGGAAUUGGCUUCCCAGGAAACAGUUGAAAGGGCCAUUGAAUGGAUUAAAAUGAACUUUGUUGCAGAAGGUGCCACAAAUAUUUUGCAUCCCUUGAACAAGGCAAUAGAGAUGCUAUCAGGAGUUCGAAGGUCAAUUCCAAUGAUUUUCCUGGUUACAGAUGGAUCUGUUGAGGAUGAGAGACAUAUUUGUGACAUUAUGAAGGAGCAUAUGAUCAAUAAAGAUUCAAUAUGCCCCCGGAUUUACACUUUCGGUAUAGGUCCGUUCUGCAAUCAUUAUUUCUUGAGCAUGCUUGCUGCGAUUGGUAGGGGCCAAUAUGAUGCUGCAUUAGAUGUGGAUUUGGUCACACCUCGAAUACUUAAAUUAUUUGAUAAAGCUUCAUCUAUCAUUCUGGCAAAUAUCACCAUCGACAUGCUUAAUGAUCUUGAUGAAGUUGAGGUGUGCCCAUUCCAAAUUCCAGAUCUUUCAUCAGAGGGUCCAUUGAUGUUUUGUGGAAGGUAUAAGGGGGCUUUUCCUGAAAAAUUAACAGUUAAAGGCAUCUUAGCUGAUUUCAGUAAUUUUACAAUGGUUUUGGAGAUACGAAAUGCAAAGGAUAUUCCUAUACAAAGGGUUUUUGCAAAGCAACAAAUUGAGCAUCUCACUUCUCAAGCGUGGGUUUCACAAAAUAAACAGAUAGAAGAUAAGGUUGCAAAACUAAGCCUGGAGACUGGCUUUAUGUCCGAGUACACUCGUAUGGUACUCCUUGAGAAUGAUGAGUUGCUUAAGAAAGUGAAUCAAUCAGAUGGAGCCAAAGAGGUUUCGAAAAAAGGCCACCCUCCAAAAGUAACCAACGUCCAAGGGCAGAGAACAAUCAGACUCCCAAAGUUAAGCAUUGGCUUCGGCAACCUGAGUGCAACAGUUGAAAAUAUUAGUCCAGGAGCUGGGGAGACAAAGUUGCCGGAAGCGGCGGAACAAUUGAUGAAGGCUGCCCAAUAUUGUUGUAGCAGUUUGUGCGAUCAAUGCUGUUGUGCGUGCUGUAUCAACGUCUGUACUCGGCUGAACAAUCAAUGUCUAACUGCAUUGACUCAGCUUUGCAUUGGCUUGGGAUGCUUGGGCUGCCUUAGCUGUUGCUCAGAGUUAUGCUGUCAUGGCAACGAAUGAAGGCUGAAAUUUCGGGUAAUUAAUUGUAUAUGAUUGUUGUAUAUUGCAAUCUCUACACCUUUUUAAUCGGAAAGGGAGGGGAAAAAAACAGAGAACAUCCAUGUAUAUGUGCAGGUCAUAUGCUUGUUAAAGGGUUAAUCUUUUUGCCUUUUUGGGUGAUCGAAAAAA